GUGCACACAUAUUUGUAUUUGUAUAUUGUUACAAGUGGAGGGGGGGGGCCUUGUUUGUCCCAGCCGCCUGGCUAGCUUACACCCAAAAUAACCACACAGAAACUUUAUUAAUUAAAACACUGCUUGGCCAUCAGCUCUAACUUCUUAUUGGCUAACUCUUCCAUAUUAGUUUAACCCAUCUCCAUUAAUCUGUGUAUCACCACAUGCCAGUGGCUUACUGGAGAUUCUAACCGGCAUCAAUUUCAGGCAGAAGAUCCAUGGCUUUUUCCACUCUGCCCUUCUUCCCAACAUUUAGUUCUAUCUUCUCUGCCUAUCAGGCCCAAAUCAGUUUCUUUAUUCAUUAACCAAUGAAAGCAACACAUGAACAGAAAAACCUCUUACACCAGUAGUUUUAUUAAUCUCUCUCUCAUGUGGAGACCCAUGUAGUCACUGCUUCACUCAAUAAAAAAAUGUGGCCCAUCAGUACCAGGUGGGAACUUCCUUGCACCUGCUUUUAUAUUCACUCAUCUGAUACCUCCUGGACACCAUUGUUUCCAACCAUGUAAUAUUAUGUGGAGAAUGUUAUAUAAAUGCCACCUGUAAUCUUUAAUGGAUUCUUUGCCUUUCCCCAAAGCAUAAGGUCAUCAACUUAGAACAGUAAUGUGAGCAAUAUACGAGACUAAGUCCUUUAUGAAGACACAAAAUUCUCAAAAUAGUUCUAGUGUGUAUGUAUUAGUAAUUCACAUUAUUCUCAUGUUUGAAAAUAAUCCAGCAGACAUCCCCAACCUUUUGACACUGACACACUGUCAUUUGCAAAGUUCAUGCUAAAGAACCAUGCAAUCAAGUUUAAAAACUGUUUAACUUGGACCAUAUUUAUAGCUAUCCUGGACUGUAUUAGCCUGUAGACUAUGAGUUAGAUACACCCAAAUGGUCCUUGAUUUAAUUUACAGCAAUUUCAAACACAGUCUAUGAAGACCCUUUACUCCCAAUUGACCAGGCCUGACCAGUUUUCUUCACCCUCUUUGGAACAGUCUCUGUCUCUGUGUGACUAAGUCUUGUUAAGCUUUUUUCUGCCUCAUGGCUUUCACGUCUGGUAUUUUUCUUCCUGGAACACUGCAUUCAGAUUUUCAGUGGCUGGCUCUUUGUUCCUUUUUAGUAUCAUCUAAAACUUAGUCUUCUCAGAGAGGCUUUUUUUACACUCACAAUUAUAACACACAGCUUCUAAAUAUGGGCUUGUUAGAUUCAGUAAAAAUACAAGAUGCCUAGUAAAGUAGACUCUGGCUAAACUUUUGGCCCUUGUUCACUGUAAUAUCUGGGAUGUAUGCAUACUAAAACUUGUUGCGAUUUGUCUGAAACUCAAAUUUAAUGGGAUGUUCUGUAGUCCAGAAAUCCAGCUGUGGUAACAUUUUGUUAUCUCUCUGGGCUAUUCGUUUUAAAAAUUCUAUUUAGUUUCUUACUUCCUGAGCACUACUCAAGUCCUCCUUGUGUGUUCACAACUGUUUGUCUAGUGCUGAUCACUGCCCCGCACAAGCUCAAAAAAUGUUUGUUAGAAGAGUAAGGAAAAUACAAUCUGGAAAGACUGACCACACCUCCAGGGCAAAUUGCUGGGCAGAAAGGAGAGAGAAUGCCCUAUUUAAGUAAUUCAACAGCACUGUGCUGAGGCGUCUAAGAAAGCUGCAGUUGAAGAGGGAAGGGUGCGGUGUUACUCACCCUUCAGACGCGUUCUCGUGGAGCCUGAAGACUCUGGAUGCAUAGAUUUGAGGAGGAGCAAAAUCGAGACUACCAAAAAAGCCUUUUGAUCAGUCUUCUAACAAACUGCAGUAAGUAACUAAAAAGAAAAUCUGUUUGAGUGAAAAGAACAAGUCUGAACUCUGAAUAGGGUCACAGGCAGUGGGCACCCUCCCUUCUCUGUCCAAGAGGAACGUCCUGCAACUUACUUUAAGGAUUAUCUUUAUUGUCAGAUUCUGGGAACUGUUAGAUCCUAAUUAUAAGGAAAGUCGCCGCACGGGCGAACAAAGAGCCUGGAGGGUGGAUGGUGAUGAAGUUAAGACAGAAGAAAUCAAACUCGCCUCUUGAGCCCGGGAUGCCCAACACGGUGGAGGCAGCCUUUAGAGAGGUUAACUGCACGCACAGCUCCCUGAGGUACCCAGCAGGGGCACACAGACUCCACUUGGAUGCACUUCAUCUGAUCCGUUCGUCCUAAAGUCAGCUGUGUGUUAGCUGUAGAUCCAUACUAAGUCAAGCCAGCUCCAGGCCUUAUGCAGCUCCACCCGUCUCCUGCCUGCCCUCCCACCUAGGAGCGAGAGGAUGAUCCUGGGCACCUUAGUCUGAGCUGCUCUUACCCAGCCUCUCUGACAAGAGGCGCCCUGUCGUGUGAACCACGUGCGCGCCCAAUUUGGAGGCAACAGCCUAUGCCACUGACAGGUGCUGGCCCGAGGGCGCGGGUGUGGUCCCCUGUACAGCCUCCGCCGGGUGCUCGCAGCUUCCCGAGCUUCUAACCGGCACUCACAGGGAGCCAGGGCGCGGCCUGGAGGCACUCGGUGGACUGGAGCGGCGGAGUUCAGUGCUCGAAACUUUGCAGGCGCCGCGGGCGCUCGGGGACGGCGCCAGUCUAACCGGGCAGGUGCAGCGGGCGGAGGAGGCGACACCCCGCGGCCCCAGGGCCUCGGCCGCAGCCGCUUUGCUCCGAGCUGGCCUGAAGCCGCUGGGCACUCCUGGCUUGUGCUGCUGCGCCGGUCACGGACGCUGCCACCGCCGCCUCCACACUCCCAGAGGAGGCGCAGCCAGAGAGGUCAGAGGAGAGCCAGGAGGAGGCCACAGGAGGUUCCUGGGGUGCGGGAUGGAGCCCCGGGCAGCCACUGCUGGCGAACAUGAGCCCGCCGCGGCCCCCUCUUUUCAGGCCCGGCUCUGGAAGAACCUGCAGCUGGGGGUGGGCAAGGGCAAGGGCGGCGGGGGCGGUCGCACCGUGGGGCCCGAGCGCCGCACUGCGGCCACUCCGACCCCAUCCCCGCCGCCCCCAAGGGCCACCCAGGACGCACUGGCCGGUGUGGGGAGUACCGGCAGCAGGUGGAGCGGCUUCAAGAAGCGGAAGCAAGUGCUAGACCGGGUGUUCUCCUCCUCGCAGCCCAACCUGUGCUGCUCCUCGCCGGAGGCCCUGGAGCCGGUUGGAGCAGGCAGAGCCGAGCAGGGGUCCACGCUGCGCCGCCGCCUUCGCGAACAUCUGCUGCCCGUGGCAAAGGGGCCCGCGACGGCCGCGGGGCCAACUGGAGUGACGCCUCCUGGCGGACACUCUCCAGACUCAGUUCCUUCUUCCGCCUCAUCCUCUCUGUCCUCUUCUCCCCAACCGCCCGCGAGGGGGAACCGCGUCCGAGAUGAAGGCGCACGGCGUGGAGGUUCUGGGGUGCACCUGUGCCACCAAAAGAGCUCCUCUCUUCCCGGCACCGCGUGCCUGGAGCAGUUGUUGGAACCGGCGCCACCUCCCGUAGAAGCCGCACGGGGUCCCGCCGAGCCCCAGGCUCUGCUUAAGGGCGAAGAACGCAGCCAGAAAAUAAAUACAGUUGGAAACAGUAAUGCAGAUGUCCCUUUGGCUGAUCCCGGAAUGUACCAGUUGGACAUCACACUAAGAAGGGGUCAAAGUUUAGCUGCCCGUGACCGAGGAGGGACAAGUGAUCCAUAUGUGAAGUUUAAAAUUGGAAGAAAAGAAGUUUUUAGAAGUAAAAUUAUACACAAGAACCUGAAUCCUGUGUGGGAGGAAAAGGCUUGUAUUAUUGUUGACCAUCUUAGAGAGCCACUGUAUAUCAAGGUAUUUGACUAUGAUUUUGGGCUGCAAGAUGACUUUAUGGGCUCAGCCUUUCUCGAUCUCACACAGCUGGAGUUAAGCAGGUCCACGGAUGUGACCUUAACUCUGAAAGACCCCCAUUAUCCCGACCAUGACCUUGGAAUCAUCUUGCUGUCAGUCAUCCUUACCCCUAAGGAAGGUGAACCCAGGGAUGUGACUAUGCUAAGGAGGAAGAGUUGGAAAAGAUCCAGUAAGUUUCAGACCCAAAGCUUGCGUCUGUCAGACCAGCACAGGAAGUCGCACCUGUGGAGAGGAAUUGUUAGCAUCACCCUCAUCGAGGGCCGAGACCUCAAAGCAAUGGAUUCCAAUGGGUUGAGUGACCCCUAUGUGAAGUUCCGACUGGGGCAUCAGAAGUACAAGAGCAAGAUUAUGCCCAAAACUUUGAAUCCUCAGUGGAGGGAACAGUUUGAUUUCCAUCUCUAUGAGGAAAGAGGGGGGAUCAUCGACAUCACCGCCUGGGACAGAGACGCUGGCAAAAGGGAUGAUUUCAUUGGAAGGUGCCAGGUUGACCUGUCGUCUCUCAGUAGGGAGCAAACCCACAAGCUGGAGUUACAGCUGGAAGAGGGUGAGGGCCACCUGGUUCUGCUUGUCACUCUGACAGCCUCGGCCACAGUCAGUAUCUCCGACCUCUCAGUCCACUCCCUGGAGGACCAGAAGGAGCGGGGAGAGAUCUUAAAGAGAUAUAGCCCACUGAGGAUAUUUAACAACAUAAAAGACGUGGGAUUUCUCCAGGUGAAAGUCAUCAGAGCUGAAGGUUUGAUGGCUGCUGAUGUCACAGGUAAAAGUGAUCCGUUUUGUGUGGUAGAACUGAACAAUGAUAGACUGCUGACACACACUGUCUACAAAAACCUCAGUCCUGAGUGGAACAAAGUGUUCACAUUCAACAUUAAAGACAUCCAUUCAGUCCUGGAAGUGACAGUUUAUGAUGAAGACCGUGACCGUAGUGCCGACUUUCUGGGCAGAGUUGCUAUACCAUUGCUGUCUAUUCAAAAUGGUGAACAGAAAGCCUACGUCUUGAAAAACAAGCAGCUGACAGGGCCAACAAAGGGGGUCAUCUAUCUUGAAAUAGAUGUGAUUUUUAAUGCUGUGAAAGCCAGCUUACGAACAUUAAUACCCAAAGAACAGAAGUACAUUGAAGAGGAAAACAGGCUCUCCAAACAGCUGCUUCUGAGAAACUUCGUCAGAACAAAGCUCUGCGUCAUGGUGCUGGUAAACGCUGUGUACUACGUUAACAGUUGCUUUGACUGGGAUUCACCCCCAAGGAGUCUUGCCGCUUUUGUGCUCUUCCUCUUUGUCGUCUGGAACUUUGAGCUCUACAUGAUACCACUGUUGUUAUUGUUACUGCUGACUUGGAACUACUUCCUAAUAAUAUCAGGGAAAGAUAACAGGCAACGUGAUACAGUAGUGGAGGACAUGCUAGAGGACGAAGAGGAGGAAGACGACAAAGAUGACAAGGAUGGUGAAAAAAAAGGAUUUAUAAACAAAAUCUAUGCCAUCCAAGAAGUCUGUGUCAGUGUGCAGAAUAUCCUAGAUGACGUGGCCUCCUUUGGUGAAAGGAUAAAGAAUACUUUCAACUGGACUGUCCCAUUCUUAAGCUGGCUGGCCAUUGUAGCCCUCUGUGUGUUCACAGUCAUUCUGUACUUCAUCCCCCUACGGUACAUUGUGCUUGUCUGGGGUAUUAAUAAAUUUACAAAAAAGCUUCGGAGUCCAUAUGCAAUUGAUAACAAUGAACUACUUGACUUCCUUUCCAGAGUCCCUUCAGAUGUACAAGUGGUGCAGUACCAAGAACUGAAACCAGACCAUUCUCAUAGCCCAUAUAAAAGGAAGAAAACCCCCCUUGGCUAGCCAGCUCCCAGCACUGAGGGACCAGCACGCCUGGAAAGAUAAAAGAAAACCCUGCAGCCUCGGCAGCAUUUCUUUUCUUUCUCCUUUUUUUAUUUAUUUUCUCUUUUUAUCAUGAUCGAGAAAUUUGUAAAUAGUGUACAAAGGCAUAUGUCUUUGAAAAUAUACUUCCAUUGUACAGACGCAACUUGAUAAAGGAUUUUAACUAGUGGAGUGUGGAAGCCUUGUUAGCUAUAGAUAAUACAACCAACUGCAAGAAUAAAAAUAAUGGUUAUAAAACUGGAAUUUCCUCGAAUUACAAGUGAAAAGAACUAGAAUAUCAGAUUAAAUGCUCAAUUGUACUCUGAUUAACCCUACAUAAAAUAUAUGUGCUGAUUUGAUUUUAGGGUUUUUUUUUGUUAUGUGACGACUUCUUAUCUGAAAUGCAAUUCAUUAGGGUUUUUUUAAUGUUUAUGUACAAAAUGUACAAAAGAGGGGAAACCCCAAACAUUGAAUAAUGGAAAUGUUGCAUUUCAAUAUAACAUACAUCCCGACUUUCACUCCUGUGUAAAUACGUUACUUAUGUAUAGCUAAGGCUGAUUUUAAGUUCAUGAGGACAGGCACAUUCAUAUAUUCUGCUGUGUCCUCAUACACAAUCCCUUAAGAGAAUCUGAGAUUCUAUUAAUAAAACUCUUAAGUCUUCUAUCAUUCCAUCCAAAACCUUAAAAUCUCUCCAGAAAUAUAUUAAAUUAAUACUGCCAGGUUUAUAAGUGAUUAUCAGGGGUUUUAUAUAUACCACUAUUUAAUUUAUACUGAGUUAGCAAAUUAGCAAGCCGAUUUAGCUGUCAAAUAUACUAGCAAAGUAAAUCCAUACUGCAUUUGGUAUCAAAUUAUGCCCUUAUAUAUCUGAAAAAGUAAAUUUAAGUGUCCUCACAGGGGAAAAAAACAGUUUGAAAGAAUAAUGCUUCUUCAUUAGACUACUAACAUGCUUUUUAUUAGUGAGCUUUAAUGUGAAGAACGCAGUGGACUAGAGAAAGGCCAGUGCUUCAUCACAUCAUUUAUGAAGAACGUUGAUAAUGCAUGAAAGCCUGUUUUGUAAAAUAAAUGUUUAAAGUGGUUACCAUUAAAAAUGUUUCGCUAACCACAUUGUAUACUUUAACAGUGCAUUCCGAAGACCAAGUCCAGGGUCUAUCAAGGGAAUUUACCUCUGCAGAGAUACUUGGUCAGUCAGUGAGAGUGUCUUCACUGACUUUUAAAGGAAUAAACUCAAUAGAAAUUGCUGCAAUAUUUUGCACUAUUUUAUUAAUUGCUAUUAAUAAAUAACUGGGGUGAGAUGAAGGUGGGGGUUGUGCUGGACAAUGUAGAAAAGCAGAAAUAUAUAUUUCACUCUAAAGAAAUUCUUUAAAUCUCAUCAAAGCUGAUUUUUAAAGUAUUUUUAUUUUAGAAAUAUGUUGUUAAAUACUAUUUCUUACAAUAGAACUAUUUUGAUGUUUAUACACUAAGCUUGGAAGAAUGUUGACUAAAUUCCCUUUCUAUAGAAAGGCUUUGACCUCACCUCAACAUGCUCUAUCUAGGGUAUCAUGUUUAAAACGACAUGCUUAUAUCUGCAUCCCAUCACUGUUUGUUGCAAAAACAUACUACUUUAUGAAGCUGGCCUAUUACGAGUUUAUUGAUGAAAUCCUUUGGUCUAAGUUCUGAUUACACCUGCGCGAGACUGAUGUUCUGUGCUGUAAGUGUCUACUCAAAUGUCUAAGUCUGACAUCCAUUCUCUAACCUUGGAUGGACCUAGUGGAUGGAACCAUUAACAGAUGACUAAGUUUCAUUUGUUUCCUGGUGUAAGAUUUCAGAUGCUUAGUUCGAUAGUAAUGUUGACUACAUAUUCACUUCAUUAAAUACAAAAGAAAACAAUUUUUUUCUAUGUAAAAUCACUAUUUUUUCUGAGUUAAGAAAUGCACAGUGGGGUACUGGGUGCAUGUUUGUUCAUUAGUGAUACUUCACUUGGGGAAACAUUUGAGCAGGGCUAUUGAAACAUACUGAAACCCUGGCUACAGUGAAAACUCAGUACCUUUGGCACAGUAAGCAUCCAGUGAAGCAGAGAAAACUAUCUGGAGUCAGAAAGUCACCUUCAAGCUAGCCCUCAAUGCUUUCAGAAAACAAUAUAUUUAUAGGGCCAAAUGAAUAAUGGAUUCAUUUGAUCCAUUCGUAGGAUUUUUAAUUUUCAUGUAUAGGUGCUUUUUAUAUUUAAGAAGGAUGCCUUGGUUUUCAGUUGCUUACCCCUCUCCCCCCCAGAACUGAGAACUGAACUCAGGACUUAGCCCCUGCUAGGCAAGUGCUCUACCACUGAGCUAAAUUCUCAGCCACAAAUUAGAUUUUUUUCUUUUUCUUUUUUCAAGUCAAGGUUUCUCUGUGCAGCUUGGUUUUCAUAGAAGUCUGAAACAACUAUUCUAAGUUGUAUGAGCCCAACAUCUAUUUGCAUUGUUAAAUGUCAGACAUUGUGAACUGCUCAACAGUCUAUAUUUACAUUCCACACUACAGUUAUUGUUGUAUAAUGCUGUUCUCUGGGAAGACAACUGCCAUCUUCCUUAGAUCAACUGUGCCGGCUUGUUAAAAGACCAUCAUAAUCACGCUUACAGUUGAUCCCUCAAAAGAGGAGUGGGCAUAGAGGAACAGUGAGCGCAAGAUUCUAGCAAUCUGGAUGCAAUUCUGCCUUAAGUACCUGUGACCUUAAAGAGGUGUAGAGUAUAUAGGCGGGUCACUUGAAAAGGAACCACAUCUAUGCAGAAAUGGUGGGGCAUAAUUCAUACUGGUCAAGACUUCUCAGUGCAGUUGCUUUGGGGUCAUCCAUGCUUCUGUAGGUGACCCCCCAUUCAUCUUCUCAAAGUUAGUCUGAUAAACUUAUUGGUUCACCAAGCUGAACUUUGGUAAGAUGCUUUGGUUUGUCACUGAGAUCACAUAACGAGGGGUAGAUGAUGUUUAAGUCUCUACAGAGAAGGGAUUGUGCCACCAUAUAAUGGGAUAAUUCAGAUUAUCUUGCCCUUUUGUAACUUUCAACACAUUGUUACCUAAUAGUUCAUUUUGUUAGUUUCAGACUCAAACUUAGGGGUUCAUGAGAGGGAGGGGUAUUCUAAAUUAAUUUUGAACCAUUCUAUGCACUAGGAUAAUGUAAGUUAAAAUAUUUUUUACAUGACCUGUGAUGCAUUUAUUGUGUAUCUACUGUAUAACCCUGAGAAGGGCAAUUAUAGUGUAUGUGUGUAUCAAUAGUAUAAUUAAACCAAAUUUGUAAACAGACAAAUUUAAAUGGUAUGCUUAUGAAAGUUAACUUUUUAGAAGUUUCCUUAAAUUUCAACAAGACUCUGGCCUCUAACUUACAAUCAGCCUCCCAAGUGCUGGGAUGAACAGGCGAAUGCUGAAAUUGAGCAGUUAAAUCCUAUCCAGUAGACACGGGGUGGGGUGGGGUGGGGGGGGGGGGGACUUUCUACUUUGAUGCCAAAAUCCAAAGAUGUCUAAUAUUGACGCCGAAAUAUAGCAAGCAUUAUUCAACUUAUAAGCUUAAAUACGCCUGGCUGCUUACAAUACUGUUCAGUAAUAGUGCUUUGGUGCUCAGCUUCAGAAGAAAAGUAGAAGGCACUUGGUGGCUUCAAAUACAAAAUAUCCAGACACCCCCCCAACAAAAUAAACAAACCAAAACAACAACAAAAACCUCUGCUCUUAUUAAAGCAUAUUCAAGUUUUGGAGUUUGCAGUGUUAUGUGUCCAGAUGGCUAGUCACUGAUCUGAUUAGAGUAUGUGGAGUCAGCCUUUCAUAACUGCUCGGUUCAAUUAAAGCCACCUAAAUAUAACAAAAAUGUCUCUAACUCUCUUUCCAAGGCUGAUUGCUGUAACUCACUGGAACAAUGACAACGGCAGCAGAAAGCAUCCCUCUUUUGUUGUCAGAGUUCUUUUAUACUCCUUUUCCACAUUCAUCAAUGGUACCUUGUCAAUGGCAGGCACAUGAGAAGUUAUUUUAGCUGAAACACACCAAGAAAAUCUCUACAUUGGAACACUAUAAAAGCAUGCAAGCAUGCACCCCCCCCCCACUCCACUAGAGUUUUUGGUUUAAAAGUAAAAAAAAAAAAAAAAAAGAAAAACAAAACAUCCAUAAAACAAAAACACAAAAUGAGACAACUAAAUAUAUAAUUGUUCUCUAAUUUCAAGUUGUUCAAUCUUUCAUUCUAAGCUGAAAACAAUAAAAAACAAAAUCUACAAAAUAUCCUGUGUGUAGUACUACACCAAUAUUUUUGUAAAAGCAAUUUUUAAUAAAAUCUGUGUAUCUCUGAAUGCAGUGAAAAAAAAAGGGUAUUUAUGUGUACAAGUGUUUGUCUGCAUGUUUUUAAAGUGCACGAUACAUACAAUGCCCAGAGGCCAAAAAUGGGUAUUGGAUCCCCUGGAAAUGGAUUCUCAGAUUAUGAACUGCUGAGAAAAACUUCGGUGCUCUCCAAGAAAAGUUAAGUAUCAUUAACUGCUGAGUCUCCAGUCCCAGGACUACUGUUGAAAGGAACAAUGGGGCUGCAUGUUCUGCUCUCAACUAACAGGGUAGAGAGCUUUAGUUGAGUAUCUGUGUCAAUGUGCUUGCUGUAUGUAUCAAAAUAACUGCAAUGCAGGUGUUCCCUGCUCUAUAUUUUUUAAUGUUCCCUCAAAGAGAAAAGGAACAGCCCCAAUGAGCCAGUGAGACACCACCUGACUUCUCAGGAAGACUGAUCUGAGGAAAUCCCGAGCUCUAGCUGAAGGAGAUAGCUGUUAGUCCUACUAGUGAGGAAAGUUCACAUGGCUCAGUCUGGGGUCAGUGGCUAGCUUUAAACUGGCUUCUGUCAAGUUAAACGAUUUUACUUUGCCUGGGUUCAAGUGGUGACAGAUUUGGAAGAAAUGCUAAAUUUGUACAGAAAAGAGCCCACAUGAUUCCAACAAUUUUUAAUUGUUGUUGUUCUGCAUUAUAGGAAGCGCCCAAGACAACAGCCAAGCACCAGUUUUCACAAAGACAGCUGGAUCACAGAACGGAGCAAAGGAGAAGAAAAUACCAAUUAUUUUUCCUCAAGAUUCUUUUUUAUAGUUACCAGAGAAACAGAAUCCAUACAA